UCGAACCAUCCAACUCUUCUCGACCUUACAAACCGCCGAAGCCACGACCCGAGGCGAGCCGCGCGGGGCGGUCCAGCUAGGCUACCUGGCGCGCCAAGAGACCAGCGUGGCCAGUUUCUGUCCUCAGCUGGAAGGUGUAAGGACGUGUACUCUGCUAUCCACAACAAAAUGUCUCCUGUUGGUGUUGCCUUCUUGGCCUUUUUGGUCCAGGUACACUGCCAGGUCUAUGACAUGCACCAGGCUUACUACCCACAACCAGUGCAUCCUGUUACAGAAACGGUGACGGUGACGGAGACCCAGACAAUUCGCGUCCCGGUGACGUCAGAUAUCUGGAUCAGCACAGCCACUCCUUACACUGUGAGGGUGACGAGUCUCGCGACCGACUACACCUACGUUCCCGCCCAGGCGGAGACCGUCAUCGCUAUCGUUGCCGUCACAAACACUCCGAUCUCCGUUGUGCGCGAGACGAGCUGCAUCAACCCAGUGCGGACAGCGGUGUCUGUCUUCACUACAUUCUUGACGGAGACGGAGAGGAAGGACUUGUACCACACCGUUACUCACGUCGAUGUGCAUCACGAGAUAAACACUGUGGCUGUGCCGUCCGUCCAGACCCUGGUCCAGAAGGUCACCACCACCACCAUCAGAUUUACCACCGUCACUGUCACCUCCACCACCGUUGGAUACUAUCAUUAAGAACUGGAUACUAUCAUUAAGAGGAACUUCAAAGCUACACCAGGACAGCAUUCCUUUUUUCAUGUACCAUUAUUUAGAAAUAAAACCUUAGUCUACAUAAUGUU